GAGGCCGGAUUUGUUACAAGGUAACUGGGCAUGGCGGGACAAGCGACGACAUGGAUGGCGGCGCCGACGAUGGCGCCAACGAAGAUGUCGAUGAUGGCGAUGACGGCCAUGUUGAUGCUCCCCAGUGUUGAAGGAUUCUCCUCUCCUGUCCUCCGAGCUCCCGGGAGGAUGGGACUGUCCGCGCAACUUGCUUUGUCCAAAGCAGGCCCGUCUCGUAUCAGUGCGUCCAAGCUCAGGAUGCAGGAGAACCCAGAAAAGGGUGGUGAGAAUGACUCGGGUAUCAGGCAGCUCCUUGGAGUGAGGGGAGGAUCCACGACCGCAGACAAGUGGAAGAUCAGAGUUCAGCUGAUGAAGCCUGUCACUUGGGUCCCUCUCAUCUGGGGUGUCGCUUGUGGAGCAGCAGCCUCGGGCAAAUACCAUUCGAUCUGGGAUGGAGCUUCUUUCAGUGAAUGGAGCACCGACUUUGUCAAGGCCCUGGUCUGCAUGGUCUUGGCAGGCCCCCUCCUUACCGGCUAUACGCAAACGAUUAAUGAUUGGUAUGAUCGUGAGAUCGAUGCCAUAAACGAGCCAAAUAGGCCUAUCCCUUCCGGAGCCAUCAGCGAGAACGAAGUCAUUGCUCAGAUCUGGGCUCUCCUCCUUGGAGGGCUGGGCCUGGCUUACGGCCUGGACGUGUGGGCAGGGCAUGAAUGGCCCUCUGUCCUGGCUCUUGCCAUCGGUGGAUCUUUCAUCUCUUACAUCUACUCUGCUCCUCCUCUCAAGCUCAAGCAGAGCGGAUGGAUCGGCAACUACGCUCUCGGCUCUUCUUACAUCGCGCUGCCAUGGUGGUGCGGGCAGGUGUUUUUCAACCAGGCUUCCUUCAACCCGACUGUUGCUAUCUUGACCAUCCUCUACUCUUGGGCUGGUCUCGGCAUCGCCAUCGUGAACGACUUCAAGUCAAUCGAGGGUGACCGCGAGUUGGGGCUUCAGUCUCUCCCAGUACAGUUCGGAGUUGACACUGCCAAGUGGAUCUGCGUUGGGUCCAUCGACUUCACUCAGCUCGGCGUCGCCGGUUACCUCGCGUCCAUCGGGGAGACUAACUACGCGCUGGUCCUGCUCGGCCUCAUCCUCCCCCAGAUCUACUUGCAGUUCACCACCUUCCUUAAGGACCCGAUCGCCAACGAUGUCAAGUAUCAGGCGGCUGCUCAGCCCUUCCUCGUGCUGGGCAUCCUCACUACCGCCCUCGCAUGCGGUCACCACACCUGGACUUGAGCUCUUCGACCCUCUACCCGAUCACUGUAGAACCCGCCAGGUUGCCGCAAAGUCAAUCAAUCAGUCAGCAACGGUAGAACUCACAAAACCAAGUACCG